AUGCCAGACUUGGUCGGCAAAAUAGCCAUCGUAACAGGUGGCUCCAAAGGCAUCGGGCGUGCUACAACCGUUGCCUUGGUGAAAGAAGGUGCUACCGUGGUAUUUACCUACAACACGAAUCACGAGGCGAGCACGAACCUAGUGGAGGAACUAGGUCAAGACAACAGUUUGAGUCUUCGAUUUGAUGCGGGGAGCUUGGAUGAUAUUGAUGAAUUGAUUAAGACGGUUAUGGAGAAUUUUGGUCGAAUAGACAUCAUUGUCGCCAAUGCGGGAUGUUCACCUGCAAUUGAGCUUCUACAAACUACCGAGGCAGACUUUGACGCUGCAUUCUCAAUGAACGUGAAGGGAUCAUUCUUCCUCGUCCAGAAAGCAGCACCUUACCUCUCACCCGGCUCGCACAUUGUUCUCCUCUCCUCCUCCCUCUGUACCACCUCCCAAGUUCCCGCCGACAAGCUUCUCUACUGUAGCACCAAAGGUGCAAUCGAGCAGAUGGCGCGGCUGAUGGCUAAAGAUUUGGGCCGCCGCAGUAUUGCUGUCAACGCAAUCGCACCCGGUCCCACAGCUACAGAAGCAUUUUUUAAAGGCAAGCCGGAACCAGUGAUCAAGGCCAUUGAGCGGUUUAGUCCGUAUGGGAGGAUUGGGACGCCGGAAGAGACGGCCGACGCGAUAUUAUUUCUGUGCAGUGAGCAGAGUGCUUGGGUUGCUUGGCAGACAUUGAGAGUGAAUGGGGGGUCUGCCUGA